AUGGACUUAACACCCAAGCAGGCCCAGAAGUUGUUUGAGGGAGAUGGUGGAGCAUAUUACAUUUGGUCAAGUUCAGAUGUUCCAGCUCUUGUUGAGGCCAAGGUUGGUGCAGGCAAGCUUGUUCUUCAACCUCACGGCUUUGCUCUUCCUCACUAUGCUGAUUCUUCCAAACUGGGAUAUGUUCUUCAAGGUGAUGAUGGAUUAGUUGGAAUGGUAUUCCCUAACACAUCAGAGGAGGUGGUGAUUAAGCUCAAGAAAGGGGAUGUGAUACCAAUACCCCUUGGAUUAGUCUCAUGGUGGUUCAACAAUGGAGGCUCAAACUCUGAGGAACUUGUUGUUGUCUUCUUGGGUGAAACUACCAGAGCAUACAUUCCUGGUCAAUUCACCUAUUUCCUUCUAGCUGGAACCCAAAGUUUGCUUGGAGGCUUCUCAACUGAGUUUGUGAGCAAGGCCUACAACAUUACCAAAGGUGAAGCAGACAAAAUCACCAAAAGCCAGACUGGGGUUUUGAUCAUCAAGCUGGGUGAAGAUGAAAAGACCAAAAUGCCCAAGCCCAGUGAAAACUCCACCCACAAACUAGUCCACAGGAUCACCAGUGCAACAACAUUGACUGAGAAGGAGUUUCCAUUUCUCAAAGAGGCUGGUUUAAGUGCAAGCCUCAUAAAGCUUGAAGCCAAUGCAAUUAGCUCCCCAAUUUACACAGCUGAUGCUACAGUUCAAGUAGUUUAUGUUGCUGGAGGGAGUGGGCAGAUUCAAAUUGUGGGUCUUGAUGGUAAACUGGCCUUGGACACACAAGUCAAAGCUGGUGAUUUGUUUGUGGUUCCAAGCUUCUUCAUGGUGGCUAAACUUGCAGGGAAAAAUGGAUUGGAGUGUUUCUCUGUCAUCACAAGUUCCCAACCUGUGCUAGAAGACUUAGCUGGCAAGACAUCAGCAUUGGGGGCAUUAUCACCAGAGAUGCUACAGAUAGCCCUUAAUAUAACUCCAGAGUUGCAGGGUCUUCUCAGCUCAAGGAUUAGAAAGAUCUGA